CGGGCCGGUCGGGUGGGUGCCGAAGGCGGGCUCGCGCGCGCUGGGCCCCGAGCCGGGUCCGAGCGCCCGGUGCCAGCCAUGGAGGGGCUGCGGCGGGGCCUAUCUCGCUGGAAGCGCUACCACAUCAAGGUGCACCUGGCGGACGAGGCGCUGCUGCUGCCGCUCACUGUGCGGCCGCGGGACACGCUCAGCGACCUGCGCGCCCAGCUCGUGGGCCAGGGAGUGAGCUCCUGGAAGCGCACCUUCUACUACAACGCGCGGCGGCUGGACGACCACCAGACGGUGCGCGACGUGCGACUACAGGACGGCUCGGUGCUUCUGCUCGUCAGCGACCCCAGGUAACCUGGGUUGGAGGAUGCAGAGCCGUGGCCGAGGGGACCAAAGGUGCUGGCUGAAGCAGCGGCUGGGAUGGGGAGGCGAAUCUCCUGGGAGCCUUGACCUCACUCAGGGUUCUGGGCUCCCAGGAUAGAUGGUGAAACACUGGUCUGCCCAGCUGCUGCCCACCGCCUGGGACCUUUCUGAUGGAGCCCUAGUCCUUGACACUGACUGAGGACAUUGCUGCUCCAGGCCAGCCAGCCUUCCAGUUGUGCUGUGUGAUCCUGAGGCCAUGGCUCCCACCUUGGAGCUUCAAGUGCCCAGGGGGAGCCACAGUGUCAUCUUGGGAGGCAGCUGGAGGAUGUCACAUGUGGAGAAGCAUAGAGCGGAGACGAGGGGAGCUUGUGGGCAUCACCAGCUCCUGCCUUGAACGUUCUCUCGGGCAUUCCUCUGCCCAAGCUGUGCCCCAUGCUGGAAGCACUUCUCACACCCCUGUCUUCAGCUCCAGUCCACCGGGGAUUGCAGCCUCCUCCAGGAAGUCUUGGAUUUCCUUCUUCCCAGCCAGUGAGCACCUUGUCCUCUUUGGGGCCCCCACAGUCCCCCUCUACUGUGAAGAGCCUCAACUGGUGGGUGUGGCCGGUUACUCAUGAACUCUCAAAUGACUGAAGGUGAAGACUGGGGGACGCCAGCCCUCUCUCAGCACUCCAGUGUUGCACUUUCCGCCUCCCCCAAACCUCUCCACAAGUUGCACCCAUGCCUGCUUCCUUGUCGGCGUCCUUCACUUGCAGCACAGGGUCUUCUGGUUGAAUGGGUGGGGGUCUGUGCCUGGCAGAGCGCUGAGACAUUGAUGAUAAUCAUGGGGGUGAUCCGGACUAUUCCAGGCAGUGUGUUGUAGGAAUUCUGGGUAUAAGACCCUCUGGGUGGGGAAUUCCCUGUGGUCCAGUGGUUAGGACUCUGCUUCCGCUGUGCUUCCAGCCAGGGUUCAAUCCCUGGUUGGGGAAUUAAGAGCGCACAAGCUGCGAUGUGGGGACAGAAAAAAGAAAAAAGGCCCUCCAAGUAGAACGCGGGUACUCAGUUGUAUUUCUGAUCUUUGGCCGCAAGGCAUCGGGUCCUCUGUGCAGUCCACCCACCACCCGGGGUAGCCCAUUCGCAUGCACUCUCGAGGGCUGCAUUCACGCCCUGGGUGCUGGCAUCACAGGGUAGAGACUCAGGAGUCUGGGAAGAAAUAAUGUUUUAAUUAAGAGUUUUGUUGGCUGCAGGGCCCAGAGUAGGGACAGAUGGAUAAUAAAUCGUGGCCACAGGGA